UUGGUGUGCUGUCGAUUUCUUUUGCAGGCCCCUUGUCUUGUGCGUCCUUGGAACCUUAUUCACUGUCGUCUGUACGAGGCCGACUUCAUUUCUGCCAGCAGUGCACCUAUGUGACCCUGGACAAGUCAACUAUGAGCAAGCACCUUCAGAAACACAUGGGCGAACCUCCUUUCCAGUGCCACUUUUGUCCAGCUGCAUUCAUUCACAAGUCCAAGCUGGUGACUCAUGUGCGCACCCACACAAGAGAGCAGUCUUUUUCCUGUGCCCGAUGCAGUGCAUCCUUUUUGCUGAAAGGCCACUUCAUUGAGCAUAUGCGUACUCAUACAGGAGAGCAUCCUUUCUCCUGUGCGCACUGCAAGGCAUCCUUUACGAAAAAAGACCACUAUAUCGUGCAUAUGCGCACUCACACAGGAGAGCGACCCUUUUCUUGUGUCCACUGUAAGUUAUCUUUCGCACAGAAAAGCCACCUAAAUAGGCACAUGCACACUCACACAGGAGAGCGACCCUUUUCUUGUGUCCACUGUAAGGCAUCUUUCGUGCAGAAAAUCCACCUAAGUAAACACAUGCGCACUCACACAGGAGAGCGACCCUUCUCUUGUGCCCACUGUAAGGCAUCUUUCCUGCAAAAAAACCACCUAAAUGAGCACAUGCGCACUCACACAGGAGAGCGACCUUUUUCUUGUGUUCACUGUAAGGCAUCUUUCGUGCAGAAAAUCCACCUAAAUAAGCACAUGCGCACUCACACAGAAAAGCGACCCUUUUCAUGUGUCCACUGUAAGGCAUCUUUCUUGCGGAAAAGCCACUUAAAUAGGCACAUGCGCACUCACACAGGAGAGGGACCCUUCUCUUGUGUCCACUGUAAGGCAUCUUUAGUGCGGAAAAGCCAGCUAAAUAGGCACAUGCGCACUCACACAGGAGAGCGACCCUUCUCUUGUGUCCACUGUAAGGCAUCUUUCGUGCGGAAAAGCCACCUAAAUACGCACAUGCGCACUCACACAGGAGAGCGACCCUUCUCUUGUGUUCACUGUGAGGCAUCUUUUGUGCAGAAAAUCCACCUAAAUAAGCACAUUCGCACUCACACAGGAGAGCGACCCUUCUCUUGUGUCCACUGUAAGGCAUCUUUCAUACAGAAAAUCCACCUAAAUAAUCAUAUGCACACUCAUACAGGAGAGCAUCCCUUGUCUUCUCUGUAAGGCAUCUUUCGUGCAGAAAAUCCACCUAAAUAAGCACAUGCGCACUCACACAGAAGAGCGACCCUUCUCUUCUUUCCACUGUAAGGCAUCUUUUGCGCAGAAAAGCUACCUAAAUAAGCACAUGCACACUCACACAGGAGAGCUACCCUUUUCAUGUGUCCACUGUAAGGCAUCUUUCGUGCAGAAAAGCAACUUAAAUAAGCACAUGCGCACUCACACAGGAGAGGGACCCUUCUCUUGUGUCCACUGUAAGGCAUCUUUCGUGCAGAAAAGCCACCUAAAUAGGCACAUGCGCACUCACACAGGAGAGCGACCCUUCUCUUGUGUCCACUGUAAGGCAUCU